GUUCAAACAACAUUUUUUUAAACCUCUCAAGUCCAUUACAAUGCAAACCUCUUCCCUUCAUUCUCUCUCACUUCCCCCACGUCCAUUUUCCGUCCAUUUUCCUCACAGAAUAGUGGGACUUGGCCAAAGAAAAAGGGCUUUCAACUCUGUAACAGCACUUCAAAGAGACGAAUACAGUAAAGAUCAUAACUAUGGCAGGCUUGUUGAUUCAAGCAUGAUUGUUCUCAGACAGAGAAUUCAUGAAAUGAAGAUGUUGGAGAAGAACUAUGCGUCGCCGCCAUUGUGUGGGUGGAUGGAGUGGGAGAAGCGGUAUUACAGAGAUUAUCAUGAAGAUGUGUUUGGAGCAAUAAGGUUUUUACAGUCAUUAUUGAUGGAGACCAGGCCUAGCUUGGCUUUGGCAAUGGUGACUCUUGUUUUGUUAAGCAUGUUUAGUUCUAUUGCUGCUGUUGGGUUUUAUGUAAUUGACAUUGGUUUGGGGAUUUUAGCCGGGAUUCAUCUUACAUCU